AUGGGGGCCAAGCCGGUGGAGAGGUACAAGGCUUUGUGCACCGUCGUCAUCGACACAGGGACGGGCCACACCAGGAGCGGGCUGGCCAGGGACCAGCAGCCGCAGUCCAUGGUGCCCAGCCAGGCAGGGAGCAGCCCGGUUCUCACCCACAGCAUGGUCACCGAGUGGGACGGGCUGGAAGAGCUGGGGCACCGCAUCCUCUACCGGGAGCUGGGCGUCUGCCCCGAGGAGGUGGUGGUGCUGGCCAUGGAUGCCCUGCUCUCCCCCACCACCAACCAGGAGAAGGCAGCUGAGCUGCUCUUCAAGGGCUUCGGCGUGCCGGCCAUGCUGGUGCUGCCCUGCUCCCUGCUUGCCGCCUACUCUUACGGCCGCACCGCCAGUGCAGUGGUGGGCUGCGGUGUUGGCAUCUCCUAUGUGGCGGGGGUGCAGGAGGGCUACACGCUGCCCCACACCACCUUCCGCCUGGACGCGGCCGGGGACGCCCUCACCCUCUACCUGGGCCGGCUGCUGGGGUCCCCAGGCAUCCACCCGGGCGCCGAAACCCUUGCGCUGCUUGAAGGAGACCUUCUGCCGCAUCCUGCCAGGGGCUGGGGGCCGGGGGGGGCCCUGCCCCUCACCCUGCCUGGUGCCUCGGGGCUGCUCCUGGGGGACGAGCGGUUCUGCUGCCCCGAGGCACUGCUGGCCCCCGAUGCCCCGGGGCUGCCGGGGCUGGGGCUGCUAGAGCAGGCAGCCCACAGCCUGCGCUGCUGCGGGGGGCCCCUGGCUGCCCCCCACCUGCUGCUGCCUGGGGGCACCACACUGCUGCACAGCUUCCCCUGGCGCCUGGCCGCUGAGCUGGGGGUUCCCCCCCGAAGCCGUGCCCCACCGCCACGCAGCCGCCUGGCUGGGCACCUCACUGGCCGCCUCCCUCGACGCCUUCCAGGGUGCAUGGGUGCCAUGGGACACCUACGGGGAGGGCGGCCCCACCGCCGUGCGCCCCCACUGUUGCUGACCCCAAUAAAGGGCUGGGGGGGGGCGAUCUGA